AUGCGCGUAUUUGCAGGGCAUGGCUGUGGAAACCAGGAUGUUGGACCAUUUGAGCCGCGCCGCAGGACCCACAACCUGGAGCAACACAUCAGGGCCAGGCAAGCCAGCGAGGGUUUGAAGGCAGAGGAGACACAGGAGAGGUCACACACAUCUCUCUACGGAAACACCCACGCUGAGAAUACUUCGACCUUCGCAUGCGUCUUGGCUACUCUUCCCACACCCCCAUUUUUCCCUCACGCACACCCACUAUCGUUUUAA